UUUCAAGCUGGGCCCAUUUUCAUUAAUUUUAGACAAACCUUCAUAAGCUCUGCAAAGUCUAAUGAAGCAUGAUUGUGAGGAAGUCUCUAAUUAAUGUUCUUGAUAUUAAUUGGACAGCUGCCCUACUGGGUCAGAAAGGUCCCUCUAGAGUACGAGGAGCCGACCAGUAGUUGCAUGGAGGUUUUCAGUCUGCAUGAAGAGUUCUGUAGCAAGUCCUGAGUAGGGGGUUGUAGCCUCACCCUUUUUUAGCUGUGUUAGCAGGCAGGUGCAUGCUGAGAAUUUGACCUAUCUGUGCCCUGCGUGUUCAGCCAGUAAAAUGGGGAUCAGCCUGCAGUGGAGUGUAGACAGCCCAUUAACUUUUGGGAUUUCUGCAUGAAAGAGAAUUUCCAAGCAGGCUUGUUAGUGGUACCUUGCAGAGUGCACUUCUGUAUGCAGAACAUUACCAGUGACUCGGAUAUGUCUGAUGCUUGUAUUCUCUCUAGAAAAUGAACGACUGGGCACCCAUAGCGAAGGAUUAUGACCCCCUUAAAGCAGGGAGCAUUGAUGGAACAGAUGAAGAGCCACAUGACCGAGCCAUCUGGAGGGCCAUGUUGGCACGGUACGUACCCAAUAAAGGGGUGGCAGGUGAUCCCCACCUCACCCUGUUUGUAGCGAGGUUAAACCUACAGACCACGGAAGAGAAGUUGAAGGAAGUCUUUUCCCGAUACGGAGACAUCAGGAAGAUCCGCCUGGUGAGAGACUUGGUCACCGGCUUUUCCAAGGGCUACGCGUUCAUCGAGUACAAAGAAGAGCGUGCUCUACUGAAAGCCCAUAGGGAUGCCAACAGGCUGGUUAUUGACCAGCAUGAGAUAUUUGUGGACUUUGAGCUGGAAAGGACCCUAAAGGGAUGGAUUCCCCGGAGGCUCGGAGGUGGCUUUGGGGGCAAAAAGGAAUCUGGGCAGUUGCGAUUUGGAGGACGGGACAGACCUUUCCGAAAGCCCAUCAAUUUGCCAAAUAUGAAAAGUGAUUUCUACGGAGAGGGACCAGCGGAGAAGAGAGAGAGGAACUGGACUCGCGAUGGAACGAGGGACUGGAGAACCAGAAACCGAGACCACGAAAGGAGCAGGGACAAGAGAGGGCCAGAAAGAGAGCGAUCCUGGGGUUGGGGAGAAAGCGAGCGGGAGAGAGACCGGGACUUCAAAGAGGAAAGGAGCAGAGAGAGAGAGAGGAAGGAGAGAGACAGAAAAGACAGGGAGAGGGACCGGAGCAGGGAGAGAGACCCCAGGAAGCAGAGAGCCGAUGACAAACACAGGUAGAGAAAAAAAGUGUCUUUACUGAAGGUAGGCUGAACAGUAACAUGCUACGAGUUUGGGUCUGGGGCCUGGCCUCUCUGUAAUAGCUUGAACUCAAAACUUCUGAAUACACCCUUGAAUUGUGAGUGGGACUGAUCCCCAGCCUUAGAAUGUUGUUCUUGUCUCUGGCUUAAAAGAAAGUAGUUGGGAUGCUGUGAGCUGCCACCUCCAGAGGAGCACUGAUAACGUAGUACCAUUCCCUGGGAAGGGGGGGGAAGGUACAGUAUGGGUGCAGAAUGCCACAGGUCCAUUAAUUACAGCAAACUUGGCUCCUCUCUCUGGCUUACUGUUCUGUAAAGGUUUUACUGGCAGGAAAAGUAAAUGAUUCCAGCAGUAACUUGGCUUCUGGGCCUUUUCUACACAGACCAAUUUUGACAAGUCCCACAUGUUAAGUAACAGCUGUCUUUUCUUUGGUUUGUCUGAAUUUUUCUCUUUUGCUACAUGUUAACAUAGUCUUUUUGUGGGAGCAAACCUUUCUUCUUCCUGGAGGCCAGGACUGGUGUAAUCAGUCACCCCUAAAGUAAAGGCAAGAUCAACAUUUCCCACAAACACGAUAGAGCCCAAUUGUGUUAUAACACAAUCCCAUUUGCACAGUGGAGUUACCUGUGUAGACCCGUGUAUUACUUUAGGGUCAUAGGUUCAGCCUUGGCCUGUCCUUUAUGCUCAGUUUGGAGCAGAAAAAGCUGCAGCUGGCAGCAGUGUCACAUUCCCAGCGCUCCAGAUAGAAGCUGGAAUGGCCAUCCCAAGCAAAAAUGCUAAGGCAGACCUUAGGAUAUUACUGGUUAUUUUAUGUUUUCCUCUUCAGAAAUUGUCUUUAAUCUGCUUUAUGUGUUUUAUGGAAGAGGAGGUAGGUGGGUAUGCGGAAAUAAAAAUUUGGGGAGAACAAUAACUUACCAAGGUCAGCAUAGUUUUGUUUUUAACAACAUAAAGGUAUUGUCAGUUGGUUGCUGGUUGUCUCAUACUCUAUUGUAUAUAGAAAAUUAAACUUUUUCUGUUUACUGUU